AUGGAAUCGCAGCAAUAUCUAACGUUAGAAGAGCAAACUGAUAUCCAGACUUAUUUUGAAAGAAAAUCAGGCUUAUCAAAGUCUUUCUCUACCGCUGCAGAUCUCCUAGUUCAUAUUCAACGAACAUGGAGAGAUAUCUCUACAGGGAGUAGCGAGAUCGAUAAUCUACUACUCGGAGGGUUUAAAUGUGGCACAGUCACAGAGAUUUCUGGAAGAGGAUCCACUGGUAAAACCCAGCUUGUCAUUACUGCCUGCGCAACUGUGCAACGCUAUAAUACUCCAUCACAUCAGUUUCAGUGCAUCGUUAUCGAUGCGGAGAACACGUACAGCGCCAUUCGGCAGCAAGAGGUUCUCACCAACCUAAAGAACCCGAAUGCUUCACUUCGAAAUAUAUUUGUCUGGAAGCCUCAGUCACUCACCGACCUGAUAGAACUGCUAAAAUCACUUCCUAUAUUCCUGGAACAGCACCCCCAAGUGAGAUUUAUCGCGAUCGAUUCCAUCGCUUAUUACUUCAGGCAAUUCACAGACAUGAUCGAACGAUCCUCAAAACUGAACGAAGCCAUUUCCUAUCUCACAAAAAUCGCAAAUCGAAUGCAGUGCGCAAUUCUCCCGAAUCGAUUGUUUCCGAAGCCCAAGUGGUUCAGCCUCUUCUCGGUCCUUCCUGGUGGCACUCUGUGA